GCUCUGAGACUGUCGCUCGCACUCACCAGGUCACCAUCGAGAGAGCGAAUCUGCAAGAUUUGUUUUGGCUUUUUUUUUUAAACUUGAGCAAAAAUGUCGGAUAUGAGACGUAGCUCCACUAUGAACAGCUUCAUGAAUAUGGCGUCUAUAGGGGAAUUCGAUCCGCUAACGGCUGCCAUUCCCGCCACCAAAGUUGAAAUCACAGUCUCGUGCAGAAAUCUUCUGGAUAGAGACACGUUUUCCAAGUCUGAUCCAAUUUGCGUUCUGUACACACAAACCAUCGGAAACAGAGAGUGGAGAGAGUUUGGCAGGACAGAAGUCAUUGACAACACCCUAAACCCAGACUUUGUGCGGAAAUUCAUCCUCGACUACUUCUUUGAGGAAAGGCAAAACCUCCGUUUUGACUUGUAUGACCUUGACUCCAAGAGUGAAAACCUGUCCAAACAUGACUUCCUGGGCCAGGCGUUCUGCACGCUGGGGGAGAUGGUGGGUUCACUGGGAAGCCGUCUGGAGAGACCCCUGAUAGGGAUUCCUGGGAAGAACUGUGGAACCAUUGUUGUCACCGCAGAGGAACUGGGCAACUGCAGGGAAUCUGUUCUGUUGCAAUUUUGUGGAAACAAACUGGACAAGAAAGACUUUUUUGGAAAAUCCGAUCCCUUCCUCGUCUUUUACCGGAGCAAUGUAGACGGAUCAUUCACCAUCUCCCAUAAAACCGAGGUGGUGAAGAAUACUCUGGAUCCAGUCUGGCAGGCGUUUAAGAUUCCUGUCCGUGUUCUGUGCAAUGGAGACUACGACAGAGAGAUCAAGAUUGAGGUGUAUGACUGGGACAGAGAUGGCGGUCACGACUACAUUGGGGAGUUCAGCACCAGCUACAGGGAGCUGUCCAAAGGCCAAUCUCAGUUUAAUGUGUAUGAGGUGGUAAACCCAAGGAAGAAGAAAAAGAAGAAGAAAUACAAGAAUUCUGGAACUGUGACAUUGCUGUCCUGCCUCAUCGACAUUGAAGUCACCUUCCUGGACUAUAUCAAAGGAGGAACUCAGAUCAAUUUUACAGUGGCCAUUGACUUCACUGCAUCUAAUGGCAACCCCUCCCAGCCUACCUCACUGCACUACCUGAGCCCCUACCACCAGAAUGCCUACGCCAUGGCUUUGAGAGCGGUGGGGGAGAUCAUCCAGGACUACGACAGUGAUAAGAUGUUUCCUGCACUUGGCUUCGGUGCAAAACUUCCACCAGAUGGCAGGAUCUCGCAUGAGUUUGCCUUGAAUGGGAAUCCCGAGAACCCGUACUGCACGGGAAUAGAGGGUGUGAUGGAGGCCUACUACCAGAGCCUCAAAUCAGUGCGUCUCUACGGACCCACUUUCUUCUCACCUGUAAUCAAUCAUGUAGCCAGAUAUGCUUCCCUUGUGAGAGACGGCUCCGAGUACUUCAUCCUCCUCAUCAUCUCCGACGGCGUCAUCUCAGACAUGGCACAAACGAAAGAGUCUAUUGUUAAUGCUUCUUGUCUUCCAAUGUCAAUAAUCAUCGUUGGAGUAGGACCUGCUGAAUUUGAUGAAAUGAUUGAGCUGGAUGGCGAUGAAGAGAGGAUUUCAUCCAGAGGAAGAUUUGCAGAGAGGGACAUCGUUCAGUUUGUGCCGUUCAGGGAUUACAUCGACCCGCGGGGCAACCACAUCCUGAGUAUGGCUCGUCUGGCCAAAGACGUCCUGGCGGAGAUACCUGACCAGUUUCUGCACUACAUGAGAACCAGAGGCAUCAAGCCCCAGAGUCCGCCUCAUUCGUACACUUCCAAACUCCCCACAGUACCCAUGCAGACCCAGAUCUAAGGCCUCAAAGACCACAACUCUCUCUUUGGCCCAACAAACUUAAGCUUUUCAGUAACAUCCUGAAAUGUGAAGAUGUUUACCAGUUGCCAGACCAGGAAUAUAGAAAAUGUUUUCCAGGAGUAUCGUCUUGACGCUUCCUGCAAAUGGGAAAGAUAUGAAAUGUCUUUUUUUGAUCUUCCAUAGCCUCCUCUGCAUUCUAAUGACAUCACACUGUUGUCACAAAUCUCUCUUGAGAAAAAAAAAUGUUUACAAUUUUACUGAUUUCUACUGAUGGUUCAUUUUAUACUUUUUUCAUGCUAAAGACGGUGUUUUUCAGAAGUUGUAAUAUGUCAGCCCAGAGACUGAAGCAGCCAGGAGAGGGAGGGAACCUUUAAGCGUUCUCUCUCCGUGUGAAAAUAGGCAUGUUGAUGUGAUGAGCAUGCACUGUCCCCCUCCACUCAAACAUGGCACACGGACAUUGGGUCUGUGACACCAACAGUAGCUCCCCAGUCCUUACCUAACAGCCUCAACAUGGGGACAGCCUCUUCACCAUCUGGACAGACCUUACCCCCAGCACACUCACUGAAGCUACUUUAAGGACAUGAUGACAUGGUGUGUCCACUCCAGACCUUACCCCCAACACACUCACUGAAGCUACUUUAAGGACAUGAUGACAUGGUGUGUCCACUCCAGACCUUAUCCCCAACACACUCACUGAAGCUACUUUAAGGACAUGGUGACAUGGUGUGUCCACUCCAGACCUCAUCCCCAGCACACUCACUGGAGCUGUUUAAAGGACAUGGUGACAUGGUGUGUGAUGUCACCUUAUCCCCAACACACUCACUGAAGCUACUUUAAGGUGACGGUGUGUGAUGUCACCUUAUCCCAGCACACUCACUGAAGCUGUUUAAAGGUGGCAUGGUGUGUCCAGACCUUAUCCCCAGCACACUCACUGAAGCUGUUUAAAGGACAUGGUGACAUGGUGUGUGAUGUCACCUUAUCCCCAACACACUCACUGGAGCUGUUUAAAGGACAUGAUGACAUGGUGUGUCCACUCCAGACCUUAUCCCCAACACACUCACUGAAGCUGUUUAAAGGACAUGGUGACACGGUGUGUCCACUCCAGACCUUAUCCCAGCACACUCACUGAAGCUGUUUAAAGGUGACGGUGUGUGAUGUCACCUUAUCCCCAGCACACUCACUGGAGCUGUUUAAAGGACAUGGUGACAUGGUGUGUGAUGUCACCUUAUCCCCAACACACUCACUGAAGCUACUUUAAGGUGACGGUGUGUGAUGUCACCUUAUCCCAGCACACUCACUGAAGCUGUUUAAAGGACAUGGUGACAUGGUGUGUGAUGUCACCUUAUCCCCA